AGGUAAUUACCUAUCUCUCGAACCGAUUACAUUUAAUGAGACAUUAAGUUCUGUCCCAUCUUAAAGAGAACAUCAUUACUAUAACAUGCGGCCAGUUGCAGUUUCAGUACUUUUAUUGGUGCUUUGUGCAAGUGGGCACUCUAAACACUUCGUGGAUGAUUACUGUUGGCGCGAUUUCGUCGGGAUCAUACCAUCCGAUGCAUUUAAGGCGGGCGUAGACAAAUCGGGAAAUCCGCUAUACAUCGGUCAAGUUUUGUUUGACGAAAAGUUGAUCAAUGGGAAAAUAUUCACCGACAGCGAUUAUGUAUACUUUAACUGGUUUUUCAGGGAGCAUUCGAAAAAUAAAAAUGGCAAAAUUUUUUGCACUAAUCAGCCGCAAAAGUUCGAGUGGAUUAAAACGUCUCACAACAAGGUGUUGUCGUUAAUGAACCGGAAAACGUUGGUGCCUGGCGGUUUCGAGGAGUACACAACGUAUAUUGGUCGAGUUUUGCUGCGGUCCGAAAACGCUGUUGGGAAAGUUGUUGUCACCAAGGACGAAUGCUUGGGGCUGUUCACGACAAGCGAGGGCAGAUCAUUAACUUACAAUGAUUUUGAAAUCCUAACGUACAAUCCCAGUAUCAACGAUACCGCUCUCUGCGAGACUGGAAUUGAUAUCAGGUUCUCUGGUACAGAACCAAAAGUUUGAAAAUAUUCGAUUGUUCUUAUAUGAAUACAACACAAUAAAAUGGUACGCAGAACUUCCGGAA